UCCUUUUUUAAUUUUAGGCAUUUUUUAAAAAGUAUUCUUUGCAUAUUUUGGGUUGCAAUUUUUGAUUUUAUACAUUUAUUUUUGCAUUUUUCUAUCAAUUUUCUUUUCUCGUUUUCAAUUGACUGGAAAUUAUUUAAAAGGUAUUUAAUUUAUUUAAAGGUAGAAUGGCGGAGUUUGUUGGGGGGGGGGGGGGUUUUAUCAAGGGCCUGUUUAUUGUCCACAGAUUCUGUACACAACCACAGAUUUUUUGUUUUAGGUAUUUCACAGAUCUAGAUAGAAAAAACGCCGACUUCCGUCUCUGCGAUCCACAAAUUUCUAAGAUUUUUGGAUACUUGCUGGUUGGAAAUACUCGUCGAGUGAUACCAAAAUCAUUUAAAUUUGAUGAUCCUCGUCUCUCGCGAGCAUCAACGAGCCGACAAUUUCAGAUUUUUCACAGUGUAGAAUCUUGGGACAAUUAA